AUGUCUUCAUUUUCUCCCUUGCUCGAAACAAUGAUGUUCGAACCAUCAUCCUUCUCACCCGUUCUGGACAAGGUAUUUGUAUCUAACACUUCUAAUACAACUGUUGAUCCGUUCUCAUGGCAAUUUUUGGUCGGAGUUCAUCCCGUGUUUCAAACAUUAAUUUUUACUUUCAUCAAUGCUCUCACGACAGCGUUAGGAGCAAGUUUGAUAUUUUGUACAGUGUGUUGUUCAAAAUUAGACACGACUCAUAGAAAUGAAGACAAAGAAAAUCCGAACACUGUCACCAAAUGGGUCACUAAAUUCGUUAAUUUAUUUUAUGAAUUGUCUUUCAAAAUAGGAUUAUUUCAACAAAAUCAAAACAAAACAGCUUCAUUUUCUAACGACUUAUUUAUUCCUCUUUCGAUUGGAUUUGGUGGAGGAGUCAUGCUUGCAGCUUCCUUUUUUAGUUUGUUACUUCCAGCUUUAAACCACUUCUCGAAUACUGAAGCAUCCAAAUCUCAUUCAUUAUUCGCCAUUGGAUCAAGCUUCUUUGUAGGAGUUUUGGCAAUCUUAAUAUUUGAUGCAAUCAUUCACAAAGUUCAAGAUGUUGUGGAAAGGAAAAUAUCAACCCGAAGUGGUUCUCAGAUGGAAAAUGUCAGAGAUCAAAUUCAAUUAGAAGAAACACCUUCAAUGAAUGAAAAUUCGACACAUGUCAAUAACACUGAAAACAUUGAAAGUUAUAACAACUUGGAGGAAGGUGGAAUCAAUGAAGGUGAAACUUCUUUGGAUGAAAACAAUACAGUAUCUGUUCGUAACAUUGGAGAAAAUAGUGCAACCUGCAAUUCAUGUAUUGAGGAUCCAAUGACAUUUCAUGACAAGUCUCAAAAUAAUUUGAGAGACAGUCGACAUGGUGUCAGAAGAAGCUGGAUUAUAUUUGUCGCAAUGACAUUGCAUAACAUACCUGAGGGAAUUAUUGUUGGAGUUGCAUUUGCAGCUGCAUCAAAUUCUAGCACUUCUGGAGCAACAUUGGCAUCUGCCAUUGGCCUUUCGCUUGGAAUUGCUAUUCAAAAUAUUACAGAAGGUGUUGCUGUGACUUUUCCUAUUUAUGGCAAUGAGUGUAGAAAAAUUAUGAAAAAGAAAAAUUACGGCAUCCAGUGGAAACUCGUUGCGAAAUCCUUCUUUCUAGGCGCAAUUUCAGGAAUAACAGAACCAAUGGGUGGAUUAUUUGGAUGUCUUUUAGUUUUUGCGUCAGCUGCCAUACUUCCUUAUUCCCUUGCCUUUGCGAGUGGUGUCAUGGUUUAUGUGGUGAUUCAUGAGUUAAUUCCAUUAAUGUUUGUGGUGCCCAGUAGACUUGUAGCAAAAUUGUCAACCUUAAUGUUCAUGGUUGGAUUUGUUGCCAUGAUGGCUCUCGACAUUGGACUUGCUUAG